GCUCAGGUGGCUUUCCUCCAGGGAGAAAGGAAGGGACAGGAGAAUUUAAAAACAGACCUGGUGCGGCGGAUCAAGAUGUUAGAAUACGCACUGAAGCAGGAGAGGGCCAAAUAUCAUAAACUGAAGUUCGGGACGGACCUGAACCAGGGGGAGAAGAAAGCAGAUCUGCCAGAACAAGUCUCCAAUGGCCCUGUGGAAUCUGUCACCAUGGAGAACAGCCCGCUGGUGUGGAAGGAGGGGCGGCAGCUUCUCCGACAGUACCUGGAGGAAGUGGGCUACACAGACACCAUCCUCGACAUGCGGUCCAAGCGUGUGCGUUCCCUGCUGGGCCGUUCCCUGGAGCUCAAUGGGGCUGUGGAGCCCAGUGAGGGGGGCCCCAGGGCCACGCCGGGGCCUGGGGCUCUCAGCGGCGGCGAGUCACUGCUGGUGAAGCAGAUCGAGGAGCAGAUCAAGAGGUGAGCCCUCGGGCCUGAUGGCAAAGAGCGCUUGGGCGGCUCGGUGCUGGAGCAGAUCCCCUUCCUGCAGAACUGCGAGGAUGAGGACAGCGAUGAGGAUGACGAGCUGGACAGUGUGCAGCAUAAGAAGCAGCGCGUGAAGCUCCCGUCCAAGGCUCUGGUGCCCGAAAUGGAGGACGAGGAUGAAGAGGACGACUCGGAGGACGCCAUCAACGAGUUCGACUUCCUGGGCUCAGGAGAGGACGGGGAGGGGUCCCCAGACCCUCGGCGUUGUACUGCGGACGGGAAUCCCCAUGAGCUGGAAAGCCGCCGGGUCAAACUCCAGGGAAUUCUGGCUGACCUUCGGGAUGUAGACGGGCUGCCCCCCAAAGUGACCGGCCCACCGCCAGGCACACCCCAGCCCCGGCCACACGAAGGUUCCUUUGGCUUCUCCUCAGACGUUUUCAUCAUGGACACUAUCGGGGGCGGGGAGGUGAGCCUGGGGGACUUGGCAGAUCUCACCGUCACCAACGACAACGACCUCAGCUGUGAUCUGUCUGACAGCAAAGAUGCCUUUAAGAAGACGUGGAACCCCAAGUUCACCCUCCGCUCACACUACGACGGCAUCCGCUCCCUGGCUUUCCACCACAGCCAGUCGGCUUUGCUCACUGCCUCCGAGGACGGCACGCUGAAGCUCUGGAACCUGCAGAAGGCUGUCACGGCCAAGAAGAAUGCUGCACUAGACGUGGAGCCUAUCCAUGCCUUCCGGGCCCACAGGGGCCCUGUGUUGGCAGUAGCCGUGGGCAGCAACAGCGAGUACUGCUACAGUGGGGGGGCAGAUGCCCGCAUCCACAGCUGGAAGAUUCCAGACCUCAACAUGGACCCCUACGAUGGUUAUGACCCGAGUGUGCUGAGCCACGUCCUGGAGGGCCACGCAGACGCUGUGUGGGGCCUGGCCUUCAGCUCCACCUCCCAGCGCCUGGCCUCCUGCUCCGCAGAUGGCACCGUCCGCAUCUGGGACCCCAGUGGCAGCAGCCCGGCCUGCCUCUGUACCUUCCCAGCAGCCAGCGAACAUGGGGUCCCCACCUCAGUGGCCUUCACCAGCACCGAACCUGCCCACGUCGUGGCCUCCUUCCGCUCUGGCGACACUGUCCUGUAUGACCUGGAGGCUGGCAGUGUCCUCCUCACGCUGGAGUCCCGGGGGAGCAGUGGCCCAACUCAGAUCAACCAGGUGGUGAGUCAUCCAGACCAGCCCCUCACCAUCACCGCCCAUGACGACAGGGGCAUCCGCUUCCUGGACAAUCGGACAGGUAAAUCCGUGCACUCCAUGGUCGCCCACCUGGACGCGGUCACCUGCCUAGCCGUGGACCCCAAUGGCGUGUUCCUGAUGUCAGGAAGCCACGACUGCUCCCUGCGGCUGUGGAGCUUGGACAACAAGACGUGUGUGCAAGAGAUCACGGCCCACCGCAAGAAGCACGAGGAGGCCAUCCACGCCGUCGCCUGCCACCCCAGCAAGGCCCUCAUCGCCAGCGCCGGUGCUGACGCCCUGGCCAAGGUCUUCGUAUGAUGCCCACCUGGCCCCGCCCUGGCCGCCGAGCCAGCUGGGGAGCGGGGCUGGGCAAGCGGGGCUGAGGUGAGCAGCCAGGGCCACCUGGCUUCAGGUGGUAGCAGAAGGUCCCUGUGUCCUGAAGCUCACCCCUUGUGUGAUACCUUGGCUUGUGCCAAGGUUUCAAGCCCUACUGUCUGGGUUGGGAGCACGCAGUUAGAGGGAGCACCCCGUUACAAUGGCUGAGUAGCCCCUGCGCAUGCAGGGGCGGGGC